AUGGCUGAACCUUUCACAUGGGCGGUGGUUGCGACUGCGAUCGCCAAGGGAGCGCUUGGAUGGGUCGGCACCAAGGUAAUGGACAGCCUAUUCAAUACUCGGAAACCAAACUACGCCCAGCUUCAAGCGGGAUCGAUCAAGCAGAUCGCUGCUGUGCUCCAGAAGGCUCUUGAAGCAGAACGGCUCCAGGAAGCCACUGAUAAGCUCGAGAGUCUUGUCCGGAACAUUGAGAAUUACAACAAUGCACCAUCAACAAGUCUCUUUCGGCUACACGAUGCCGCCAAUGACUCGCUGGACCUGCUCGCUACACUCGCCAGUCUGGGAUAUCUCGGAUUACCCUCCUAUAUAGUUGCAGCGGGCUUGAGAAUAACGAUCCUGCAGGAGCUGCAUUUGGUGACUGGGGAUAAAGGGGAACUGCUCAACGUCCUCCUACACAUUCGAGACUCCAUUGACGAGUGCGAGAAUUCGAUGGCAAAAGGCUUUCAGAUGUUUCGGGAGAUGAGUACAGCUCCGGCGAAGUCUAUAGUGGGAUGGGUUGCGACUUUCAACGGGAAGCCAAUUUUGGGCAACUCACGAACGAGUGUCCUUCAACAGCAAAAAGAGAUGAGCGACGCAUUCAGAAAGACAGAGCUUGAUCCAAACGAGACAUUGUACGAAAAUGUGCUCCACGAAUGGCUCGGCAUCCGCGAGCUCACAAUCGAGAGGGCAAGGCUCGCCGGCCUCGAAGUGCCACGGGAUCUGAUCGUGGCACCGAAUUUCCAAUCAUGGAUCCUGCAGACCGGAACACCUUUACAUGUGACCGACGAUAGCUUCCAGUUCUGUUUCGCUGACUGGAACGGUGACGGACGCCCAGAUCUUGUUGCUAUCAAGAAGAACAAGACCGGGUCGAACAGCACAGAAGUGCAUAUCCUCUCGGGCGCGUCCAAUUUCCAGUCUUGGAUCUUACAGACGGGAACACCCCUGCACGAGACGGACCACACCUUUGAAUUCAUGGUUGCUGACUGGAACGGCGACGGACGCCCUGACUUGAUUGCCAUCAAAAAGAGUCAAACCGGAUCCAAUACCACCGAAGUGCAUAUCCUCUCUGGCGCAUCAAGCUUCCAAACGUGGAUUUUGCAAACGGGAACACCCCUACACGAGACUGAUCACACUUUCAAAUUCCUCGUCAGUGACUGGAACGGCGAUGGGCGUCCAGAUCUCGUCGCGAUCAAGAAAAGCAAGACCGGGACAAGUAGUACGGAAGUACACGUCCUCUCGGGUAGUUCGAACUUCCAGUCAUGGAUUCUACAGACAGGCACGGCUCUGCAUGAGACAAACGAACAGUACCAGUUCAUCAUGGCCGACUGGAAGGGACGUGGGCGCCAGGAUCUCGUUGUCAUUAACAAAGGCAAGCCCGGGGCAGAAAACACAGAGGUUUACAUCCUCUCUGCCCUUUCGGGCUAUCAGAACUACAUCCUUAAGACGAGCACAGGCUUGCAUGGAACGGAUGGGAGUUUUGAAUUCGCAAUGGUGAACUGGAACAGACCUGGGAUUUCCGACCUCGUUGCUAUCAAGAAGAGCGCCACUGGCUCAAACAGCACAGAAGUUCAUAUACUUUCCGGCUGA